UGGCUGGCAAAGAGCGGGGCCAAAUAAGUUUGUUGAUCGAAUACAUGAGUGAUGUGGGCACAGCAGAGGGGAGAUGGGGUGGGAAGGCCUUGGUGGUGAUGAUGGGUGCUGGGGUGGGGAUGGACGGGAGCGGGGCUGGCGUCCUCCUUCUGGCUGCAUCGGCUUUACUCGUCGAGCCUCCACAGGGCCAGAGCAGCUCAGGCACCCCCCAGCAGCCUCCAGGGGCCCCACUCUGCCUCCUCAGCCUUUGACACCCCGAGCUCCUCUGGAUGCAGGCCAAGGACCCUUGUCCAGGUUUCAGGGGGUGUGCUGGGGCUGCCAGGCCCAGCAUGCAGGCCUCCACCUCCUCAUCCACCCUCUCCUGAGCCUCAGUUUAUCCUACAGAAAGCAGCAGGUUGGCUGGGGAGGCGCUGUCUCCAGGGCCCCUUCAUUCUGAUGUCUGUGAGCAGCAGAGGACCGACCGAAGAUCACUAUCUUUCAGAGAAAGUGAAACCUGGUCCCCAACCGUCACCGCGGCAACUCCCCCUCUCUGGCUUCCCCUCUGAGCUCACAGCUUCCCCAUCUCCUCUGCCUCCCACCCCGCCCCCCGACAGCUAGUACGUGGAAUCAGACUUUCAUCUUUGCUUUUUCCUUCAAAGGCUCCUGCCUUUUAUGUCCAUGACGGCAGCAGCCCUGUGAGGUGUCCGAGAAACGCUUUUCAAAUCCUCAUUUUACAGGUGGGGGCCUCUGAAGUCCAGAGAGGUUAAGCGACUUGCUUUGGGUCACACAGCAUGUCAGUGGGCUUGACCCCUGGUCUCCUGUUUCUCUUGCCCCAAGUGCUUGGUUCUCCUUAGAGGAUCCUGUCUGUAGAGAGAGGGCCUGGCUGUGGGCGAUGGGCCUGGGAUGGAGAAGGCUGGUUGUGUGAAGGCUGCCUCAUGAGGAAAAAAGAUGGCUGGGAGCCCUGAUGGGGGAUGCAGGUCCUGGGGCCAGACCACAAUCUCGGGGCUGCCAGCCUGGGUCUGGCUCUGUGCCCAGAGCCCGGUGGUUUCCGCUCACAGAUGUCCCAACAGCCCUGGCGAGAGGGCGGGAAGGGCACUCAAGAAGGAAGAUGUCUCGCUCCCUCAGCCCCAAACCACAGUGGCCUGUGAGGCCAAUGACUCCUGGGCCAGGCCGGGGCAGCAGGACCUCUGGGGGCCCAGCUGGUGGGCUCUCCCCUCCAUCCCUGCACAGCCCCCUGCAGCAGGCACGGACCCCUUGCUCCCUGCUCGCCCAGGAAGGCUGAGGCUGCGGUUUGCAUCAUCCUUGGGCGUAGGGCUGACCUCGAAGAACGAAUUCGAAGAAAAGAGGAGGAGGAGCAGGCAUGCCACCGCAACCCGCGCCCAUUGGCCGCCUGUGGAAACUUUGGUUUUUGGGGUCAUGUUCCCAGAAGGCCUGCCCUCCCCCCACCCCCUCCCCACCCACCUCACGAGGUGUUGGCCAAUCGCCCUGGCGGGCAUAAAGUGGCUGCCAGCCCGCAGGGCUCCCAGCCGGGAGGUGUCACCCCCAGCAGGCGCGGGCCCGAGCUCGGUCAGCCAGCAUGCGGCCACAGCUUGUGCAGAGGACCCUGCUCAGUCUGGUCCUCGGACUCCUGUUCCUGAGCACGGCAGCCACUGGCAAGUGCUCAGGCAAGUACCAUGAGCUCCUCCAGCAGCUCCAGAAUCAGGCGGACCUCAUGCAGGACACCAGCACACUCCUGGACCCCUACAUCCACUUGCAAGGCCUGGAUCAGGCUGGACUGAAGGAGCACUGCAAGGAGAGCCCCGGGGCCUUUCCCAGCGAAGAUGCCCUGCGGGGGCUCAGCCAGCGGGGCUUCUUGCGGACCCUCAAUGCCACGCUGGGCCACGUCCUGCACAGACUGACUGCUUUACAGCAGGAUCUCACCGUAGCCCGGGAGCAGGGGCGGAACAUUCGCGGCUUCAGAAGUAACAUCCACUGCAUGUCCCAGCUGCUUCGAGGCUCCUCGGAGAUGGAGACAGCUGAGCCCACUCAGCCGGGCCCGGGGGCCACACUGCCACCCACCCCCGUCUCAGACACCUUUCAGCACAAACUGCAAGGCUGCAGGUUCCUGCAUGGCUACCACCGCUUCAUGCACUCGGCGAGGCAGGUCUUCAAGGAGUGGGGGGAUAGCCGGUGCCGGAGUCGGAGCCGGAGACAUAGGCCCCCCCGGGCUCUACAGAGGGGGGCCCGCAGGAUGCGACCCUUCAGGAGGGAUGAGAGACUCAUGCCCAGGGGCCAGCUGCCCCGGUAGCCUCAGGGGCGCCCCUGCCAGGUGAAAGGUCAGCAGGUACUCUGCUGGAUGGUGCUGCCUGGGGUCUCCCAACCUGCUCCUCUCCGUUCCCCACCUCUCAGAAGUGCACUUUAAGGGGUGGGGGCUGGGUAGCCCCUCUACCUCCUUUGGGCUGGGUGGACAGGGUCAGGCUGCUGAGCCUUGUCCAGCCCUGAGUUCCCCAGCCCUGGUGGGGUGGCCAGGUCAGGUCCACACGGGGCCAACUUUCCAUUGAUUCAGGGGUCUGAUGACACAGGCUGACUCAUGGCCAGACUGGCUGCCCCCCCUGCUCUGCUCCCCGGAGGCCGACCGGAUUGUCCCUCUCAUGACUUGUGGGGCUGUUGCCCCCAGACUUCCUCCUUUCCAUAGUGGCUUGGUUCGGAGGGGGAGGUCAGGGCCUGAGCUGGCCUCCUCUGCCUCAUCACUGCUCUCAGCCAGACACCUGGGUGUCUGGGUGACCUCACUUUAGGCAGUUGUGAUGGGAGCAGAGGACACAGAAGGAGCACUGAUCUGGGGGUUCCAAGGAAGGAGGCUCAGACCCCAAUUUGUUGGCCCCUAAAUUGCUGUGUAGCCUCAGUGAGGCCACUUUACCUCUCUGGACCUCAGCUUUCUCUUUGUGAUUCAAGGGGGUUUGGGACAUGUAAAUCCAUCUCUGCCUGUCAAUUGCUGGGAUUCUGUGACAUAGGUUAGAUAUCAAAUUUUCUCCAUACAUGGGGACAUGUGAUAUAAACGGACACUGGGUACAGACUUGAGUUCUUUGCAGGAGACCUCCUAGAGCCUGGAAGUCUGGAUCCUGGGUCCUGGCUGCUCCCCCUGGUGGUGCAUCAUGGUAUUUUCUCAUGCUGAAACCAUUGCCCUCUGGGAGGGGGUCCCAGAAGCUGCUGGGCCAGUUCCUUGGAGGGACAUGACUAAUUUAUAGAUUUUUAUUAGUUUUUAUCUGUUUAUCCUAUUUAUAAGGCUUAUUUAUGAUGUGUAUUUAAUGUUAAUAUUUUGCCAACAUAUAUUUAAAACUU